AUGGCUGAAGAAAUCACCCAAGGAACAGCUGACAUCAAACUUGAGACCGAACAAAAGAUCACUCCAUGGGAGGUUGAAGGAGCCGUCGUUGACGGUGAAGCCCAAGGUAUCGACUACGACAAGCUUAUUACCCAAUUUGGUACUAAAAGAAUUGGUGAAGAAACUCUAGCAAGAUUCAAGGAAGUUACCGGCCAUGAUCCCCACCAUUUUAUGAAGAAGGGUCUAUUCUUCUCCGAAAGAGACUUUAACAGAAUUCUCGAUAUGUAUGAGCAUGGCGAACCAUUUUUUCUUUAUACUGGUAGGGGACCUUCCUCAGAUUCAAUGCAUUUGGGCCACAUGAUUCCAUUUUUGUUCACCAAAUGGUUGCAGGAUGUUUUUGAUGUUCCAUUGGUUAUUGAAUUGACUGAUGAUGAAAAAUUUUUGUUCAAGCCAAAACUCACCAUCGACGAUGUCAAGAAAUUUGCAAAGGACAAUGCAAAGGACAUUAUUGCAGUUGGCUUCAACCCUGAAAACACCUUCAUUUUCUCGGAUUUGGAAUACAUGAACCCAUCAUUCUAUGAAACGGUUGUUCGUGUUUCUAGACAAAUCACAACCUCUACUGCCCGUGCAGUAUUCGGAUUCCAAGACUCAGAUUGUAUCGGUAAGUUGCAUUUUGCUUCUAUUCAAAUUGCAACUGCAUUUCCAUCUUCUUUUCCUGAUGUUCUAGGGUUACCACCAAAAACACCUUGUUUAAUCCCCUGUGCAAUCGAUCAGGACCCUUACUUCCGUGUUUGUCGUGACGUUGCAGAUAAAUUGAAAUUCUCUAAACCUUCACUUAUACACUCACGUUUUUUUCCAGCCUUACAAGGAUCUUCUACAAAGAUGUCUGCAUCUGAUGAAAACACAGCCAUUUUCAUGACAGAUACCCCAAAGCAAAUCCAAAAGAAGAUCAAUAAGUAUGCCUUCUCUGGUGGCCAGGUCACUGUUGAAGACCAUAGGAGACUAGGUGGUAACCCUGACGUUGAUGUUGCCUACCAAUAUCUGUCUUUCUUCAAAGACGAUGAUUCUAUGUUGAAGGAAACAUAUGAUGCUUAUAAAAGGGGUGACCUUUUAUCAGGUGAAUUGAAAAAACUAUCCAUUGAGGUCCUGCAAGAAUUUGUCAAGGGUUUCCAAGAAAGGCGUGCCAAGGUUGAUCAAGAAACUCUUGACAGCUUUAUGAAGCCUCACAAGCUAGUCUGGGGUAAAAAGGAUAGAUUAGUUCCUGCUAAAGAAAGAGUUAAGAAAGAGAAGGCAAAGAAAUAA